ACGUAGUGGUGUGGCUUAUAAAGUACAAGGUGACAGCUUUUUUUCUUUUUUUGGUUCUGUUGUCACGUAUUGGAGUCAGUGAUUCCUGGUGCAAUCCGCGGGGCUCGAGAGACGUGAAACAUGUACGCCUGCGCGAAGUUCGUCGCAUCCCCUGCGGUGCUGCGUGGUGGAUCCAGGGUCCUGGCCCGGCCGGUCUGCGUGUCCCUCCUCAACAGACCUGAGGCCAGAAGUGAGCAGGCUCUGUUGCCAACCAGCGAGGCAUCCAGCCUGCAGGUGACGCGUGCGUUCCAGACCAGCGCGGUGUCGAGAGACAUCGACACCGCGGCGAAGUUUAUCGGUGCCGGUGCUGCUACAGUAGGUGUGGCCGGGUCAGGAGCUGGAAUUGGGACUGUCUUUGGCAGUCUGAUCAUCGGAUAUGCCAGGAACCCCUCGCUGAAGCAGCAGCUCUUUUCAUACGCUAUCCUGGGCUUUGCUCUCUCCGAAGCUAUGGGGCUCUUCUGUUUGAUGGUUGCUUUCCUCAUCCUCUUCGCCAUGUAGUUCUUGCGAAUAACACUUGAGGGUUGGAACUCAGCAACAAAAGUUGCCAUGUGCAGUGUUUUGAACUACGGAACUUUUUUUUUUGGGCCCCUCCCCGUUUUAUGUAAAGAGCUCAAUUCAUCAUAGGCUUGUGGUCGGAAUAAAAGAUUGAGCCACAUUCUGUUUCAUUGUAGUUGAGUGCAGCAGCGCUGCUUAAUUGUAGUGAAUAAUCCCAUUGUGAUAGGAGAGGAAAACCAGAUUUGUCAUAAAUUAGCGUCACUGAGAUUUCGUAAGAAAUUGUCAAAUUCUAACACGUUUCACGAGCUCAGAAACUGCAUGGCGCCAUGUCACUGUGCAGGCAUGUUAACGUAAAAUGUUUUGAGCUUUAA